AUGCCACCAAAAAAGCAGGCAUCAAAGCCGGAACCCAAGCGCGCGGAGAAUGGCGACGAGCCGGUCCUUCAGGCCGUAGUCCUGGCCGACUCGUACAACCGCCGCUUCGAGGUGCUUUGUCUCGACCAGCCCCGUAUCCUCCUUCCCCUCUGCGGGAUUCCCCUUCUUACCUACACCCUCGAGAGCCUUAGCCUAUCCAAGGUUAAGCAGGUGUUCAUCUUCUGUGGCGUGCAUGCGGACAAGAUCCGCGAGUUUGUUGCCAACUCACCAUUCAACCGGCUGCUUGACAUUCAAUGCUUGGCGUCCCAGACGGCGCGCUCGGGCGGUGACGCGCUUCGCGAGCUCGACGACAUGGGGUUGCUCAACCCCGAGAACCCAUUCGUGCUUGUCCACACACCAAUCGUCUCCAACUACGACAUCUCGCAGAUGGUCGACGCGCACCGCAAGCGCCGCGAGACGGACAAGAACCUCAUCAUGACCAUGGGUAUCGGGCGCGGCGGCCGCCAGCACCCCGAAGCGCCCAUCAUGAUGGUUCAUCCCCCUUCCUCCCGCCUCCUCCACUACUCGCUCAACCCUAUCUCGCCAGCCCAGAAGCACGUCGAGUUCCCUUCCCAGCUCUUCCUCGACCCCUGGCCACCUACAAUUGAUGAGUACGAGAUUUGGUCUGGUACCAACCCGGCGUCUUCGCAGGGAGGGUACCGCGACCUUGGCAUCGACAUUUGCGAGGCCGACGUCCCUGCCCUCUGCACCGAGAACUUUGACUACCACGAUCUGCGGCGGCACUUUGUCAACGGUGUGCUCACGUCCGAGCUGCUCGGGAAGAACAUCAACGUUCACGUUGUCGGUGACGAGACGCUCGAGGACCCCAAGGAGCGUCGGGCCACGUCGGGCCGUUACGUUGAGCGCGUGAGGGAUACGCGCACAUACGGUGAGAUCACACAAGACCUCCUCAGGCGAUGGGUCUUCCCUCUCGUGCCAGACAUUGGUGUGCACGGCACGCAGUCAUUCGAACUCCGCCGCGGAAACGUGUACAUUGCUCACGACAACGUCAUCCUGUCCCGGACGACGACUUUGCAAGGGCCGCUGCUCAUCGGUGCGAAGAGCGUGCUCAACAACAACACGCGCAUUGUGCAGUCCUCGCUUGGAAUGCAGUGCCGCGUCGGCGCUCACACCACCAUUCUCUCUUCCUACAUCUUCAACGACGUCACCAUUGGCGACGACUGCUUCCUCGACGAGUGCAUGAUUGGCAACAACGUUGUCAUUCACAGCGGAGCACAUAUCGGGAAGGGUGCUCUCAUUGGCGACGGCGUGACUAUCGGGAAGGGGGUCAAGAUUCCCAUGUUUGCGAGAGUCGGGAGGGAGCCACACCGGCCCGAAGGUUGGGACUCCGAGGAUGAGGAAGACCCAGAACGUGUCGAGGGGUUGAAGCAGUUGAACCUCGACAUACUAGGCUCCGAGUCGACGGGCUUCUUCUGGCCCGCGGAGGAGGAGGAGUCCUCUGAGGACUCUGACGACGAAGCCGAGGACCCGUUUGAGCAUGCCAGCAACAAGCGACUGUUGCAACUCGGCCGCCGUCUCUCCAACCUCUCCGUCUCCGACGUGUCUGUCUCCACACUCUCCAUCGCUUCGAGCGAAGAGGAGGAGGACAUGGACGAGCUCGACCUCGGCCUGGGAGAUCUCAACCUUGGGGCCGGGGAUCUGAAGGAGUUCAAGGAAGAGUGUAAGAUCUCCCUGCAACGCGCGUACACCGAAGGCCACACGGUCCAGAACGCCUCCCUCGAGCUUAAGACCCUCGUCAUGGGCUUCGACUCGGGUAUCGACCCAGCGCGCGAGCAGGUCGUUACCUUUUUCAUGAGCCAGAUGUCGCUCGAGGGUGGCUUGGCCCAGAUUCUCGCUGAUGCGACCAAGAUCUGGGCCCGCUGGGGUGGCAUGGCCGUCAACCUCUCGCGCGACGGGUCGGACAUUGCGCUCGACAUCCAGACCUUCUGUGUUCGCAACCCCGAUUAUAUCCCGUACUUUGGCCUGUUCCUGCGUGCGCUGUACGACAGCGACGUUGUCGAUGAGGACGCGCUCAUCGAGUGGCGUUCGCUCCCAGCGGCGCGUGGCGAGGGCGCUCAGGUCGAUGAGAAGACCGCGUACGCGGAGGCGUUUGCCAAGGGCAAGCAGUACGUCGACAUUCUCGAGGACAUGGAGAGCGACGAUGAUGAUGAUGAGGAUGAUGAUGAGGACGAGGACAGCGAGUAG